AUGAAGUACGUCCCUUCACCACAAGCCUUAAGAUGGCUGCAAUGUCUGGCGCAAAGCCAAAGCGUUGCUACGCGCCCUCGAACAUAUGCCCCUUUCCUCCGCAUGAGCAGACACUUCCACGCGACGACUAGGCUAGAUAGGAUAGAAACACACACUCUCUCGGACAUCGGCGAAGGGGUAAAAGAGGUACAGAUCAUCCAAUGGUUCGUGGAGGAAGGGGCUCCCAUCGAAGAGUGGAGUCCUCUGUGCGAGGUCCAGAGUGACAAGGCCUCGGUCGAGAUCACGUCCAAGUUCAGCGGCGUCAUCAAGAAGAUCCAUUUCCCGCAGGACGCCGUCGUGCAAGUGGGUGACGCCAUGGUCGACAUCGAAGUGGAGGGAGAUGCAGAACCUGAAGAGACGGAAAAGCCGCCGGCGGUCCAGGACGAUCCUGGCAAGAUUGCAGACGAGGAACAAGCUGCAGAGGAUAACAGGGCCGGACAUCCCGAGGAACAAGACACAUCGACUCCUGCAGUGGCGCCCAAGCCAGCCAGCAAAUACGCCUCUCUGGCGACUCCUGCCGUCAGGGGUCUGUUGAAGGAGCACGGCAUUGCAAUCGAGGAUAUCCCGGGCACUGGCAAGGAUGGCCGUGUCUUGAAAGAGGACGUUUACAGAUAUCUCGAACAAGGCAGCACUGCACAAGCUCCUCCGACCGUUGUAUCAUCCGGGCCGUCGUUGAAGCCCGAAAUUGACGCGAAGCAGACCGAAACCGCGCAAAGACUGACGCCUGUCCAGUCAGCCAUGUUCAGGAGCAUGACGGGGUCCUUGUCCAUCCCGCAUUUCCUAUACUCGGACACGAUCGACAUCACCAACCUCGCCUCGAUGCGGACUCGACUGAACGCGGCCAGAAACCCCGAAGAGGCGAUGAUGCCGAAGUUCUCGUACCUCCCCUUCAUCGUCAAGGCCGUGUCUUUGGCAAUGAACCAGUACCCUCUCCUCAACGCGCGGCUGGACUUGACCACUGACCCCAAGAAGCCACAGCUCAUGAUGCGCUCGGUGCACAAUAUAGGGAUAGCCAUGGAUACGCCCAACGGACUUGUCGUGCCUGUUGUGAAGGCUGUUAAUGGGCGAUCGAUCACGUCCAUCGCCCGCGAGAUCCAGCGCCUCUCGCAGCUCGGCCAGGCAGGCAAGCUCGGCAAUGACGAUCUCGCGGGCGGCACCGUCACAGUCAGCAAUAUCGGCAAUAUCGGCGGCGAGGUCGUGGCCCCGGUGAUCGUCGAGGGCCAGCUCGCCAUCAUGGGCGUCGGCAAGGUCAAGACCGUCCCGGUCUUUGCAGCAGAUGGCGUCACCGUCAAGCCGGCCCAGACGGUCAGUCUGAGCUGGAGCGCGGAUCACAGGGUCGUCGACGGGGCCACGAUGGCGAGGAUGGCGCAGGUGGUGCAAAAAUACCUCGAAGAGCCGGGGACUAUGGUCGUCGACAUGAGCUGA